AUGAACGAGAAACGCGACGGCAGAGACAACAACAGAAUCAGCAGCAGCGGUAGGGAAGCCGGCGGCAGAGAAGAUGAGGAGGACGAGCGAUUCUACGAGUCGCUGGAUCGCAUUGCUUCCUCAUCCUGCUCUUGCUCCACUUCCAAUUCCGACUCCGAUCCCGACCCUCCCUCCGCCACCGGCUCCAACGAUUCCGCCGCUGCCAAUCCGCCUCCUCAGUCUCAGUCGCAAUUCGGAUUCUCCUCCAGCUACGACGUUUGGAUCUCCGAGCCCUCCUCCGUCUCCGAGCGCCGGCACCGUCUCUUCAGCCAGAUGGGGCUAUCCUCGGAGGAAUCUUCUUCCUUGUCCCGCCGCCAGCCUGACAGGUCUGUUGAUUUGAGCUUUGCUCGUUCUGUCUACUCCGAUCAUUUCCCUCCCCGCCGCUUGGCUUCCAGGAAUGCUGCUGCUGCUGCUGCUGGGGUUUCCCGAUCGAAAUCUGACGGAGGUGCGGAUCGCCGGGAUGGUGACGGUGAGGGCGACAGUGACGGGGCUGGCACAACCUGUAAUGAUGAUUUCAAUUCCUGCUCGUCCUUUUCCUCCUCCUCUUCUUCUUAUUCUUCUUUGGUGUCUGUUUAUUCUACUUCAAUUCUUUCCGGCGAUGUGAUUGAUGUAAAUAGAUGUAACAACGACAACGAUCACAAUGACAAGACAGUAGUAGUUGCCAACGGCAAGAAGAAGAAGAAUGGCUUUGUUCUCGGCAGUGGCACAAAGCACUUAAAUCUUUGCUCCCCGCAGCCUUCUGAUGUUUCCCCUAGUAAGCCUCCUUCUGGUAAACAUGGUAGGAGCAUGGAUGUGAAUAGGAGUUGGUCAAACACAAGCAUUGCGGAGCUCAUGGAGGGUUUAGUUAGCAAUGGGAAUGAUAAUGGAGCAGCAGAGCUAACCCAAGCUUGUACAAUCAAGAAUCUUGAUACUGGGAAAGAAUUUGUUGUUAAUGAAGUUAGGGAAGAUGGAGCGUGCAACAAGUUGAAAGAAGUUGGGACGGGGAGGCAGCUGACGAUGGAGGAAUUUGAAAUGACUGUGGGUCAUUCACCAAUCGUGCAGGAAUUAAUGAGGAGACAGAAUGUUGAGGAUGGUGCUAGGGAAAAUCAUGACUCCAAUGCCAAUGGGGGUAUUGGAGCUGGAGGGUCAAAGCCGAAAAAGAAAGGUAGUUGGUUCAGGAGCAUAAAAAAUGUGGCUAGCAGUGUGAAAGGUCAUAAGGAGCGAAGAAGUAGUGAUGAGAAGGAUACUGGAUCAGAGAGAGGAGGCAGGAGGUCAAGUUCUGCUACAGAUGAUAGCCAGGAUGUUUCAUUCCACGGGCCAGAAAGAGUGCGAGUAAAGCAAUACGGCAAGUCAUUUAAAGAGCUGACUGCAGUUUACAAGAGCCAGGAGAUUCAGGGGCAUACUGGUUCAAUUUGGGCUAUUAAGUUUAGUUUGGAUGGUAGAUAUUUGGCAAGUGCAGGUGAGGACUGUGUGAUCCAUGUUUGGCAGGUGGUGGAAACAGAAAGGAAAGGGGAGUUGUUGCUUGAAAAGCCAGAGGAUGGGAACUUUAAUCUUUUAGUAACAGUAAAUGGGUCUCCUGAACCUAUGUUCUUGUCAACUUCUGCUGAUGGUCAUAAUGAAAGGAGGAGAAGGGCGAGGUCAUCUAUAAGCAGGAAAUCUGUGAGCUUGGAGCACAUCAUCGUUCCCGAAACUGUGUUUGCACUUGCAGAUAAACCUUUUUGCUCAUUUGAAGGACAUCUUGCUGAUGUCCUCGACUUAUCAUGGUCCAAGUCUCAGCACCUGCUUUCUUCUUCAAUGGACAAAACAGUGCGCCUCUGGCACUUGUCUAGCAAGACUUGUUUGAAGAUAUUCUCACACAGUGACUAUGUUACUUGCAUCCAAUUCAAUCCGGUUGAUGAUAGCUACUUCAUUAGUGGGUCCCUAGACUCAAAGGUUCGCAUAUGGAGUAUUCCUGAUCGUCAAGUCGUUGACUGGAAUGACGUACAUGAGAUGGUCACUGCGGCUUGCUACACUCCAGAUGGUCAGGGUGCACUUGUUGGUUCCUAUAAGGGAGGCUGUCGGCUAUACAAUACAUCUGAGAAUAAGUUGCAGCAAAAAUCUCAAGUAAAUCUGCAAAACAAAAAGAAGAAAUCUCAUCUGAAGAAAAUUACUGGGUUUCAGUUUGUGCCUGGAAGCUCAUCUGAAGUGCUCAUCACCUCAGCAGAUUCUCGGAUACGAGUCAUUGAUCGCACUGAUUUGGUUCACAAGUUCAAAGGGUUUCGGAACACAAACAGUCAAAUCUCAGCCUCCCUCGCAGCAAAUGGCAAAUUCGUCGUCUCAGCAAGCGAGGACUCCUGCGUUUACGUCUGGAAGCACGAGGCCGAUUCACGACUGACCAGAAGCAAAGGAGUUACCGUCACUCGAUCGUACGAGCAUUUCCACUGCCAAGAUGUUUCUGUAGCCAUCCCCUGGCCUGGAGUAGCCGUCAGCGACACCUGGGGAGGAGGAGAACACCUAGCAACAACACCUGGCGAUAUCCAUAUCGAAGAAGUCUCCACCACCAUCACCAACAACCAUCCUCCCACGCCCGUGGAGGAAGCAAUCAGAGGGAGCGACGAUCGCUCUCAAUCAUUGCCAGGUGGUGCUGCCAUCAGCAGCAGCCCACUGAACGGAAUCAUCUCCAGUGCAACGAACGGAUACUUCUUCGACAGGAUCUCGGCUACGUGGCCUGAAGAGAAGUUGAAUGCAGCUGCUGCUAGAGCACGGAGCCCUCGGACUAGCGUGGACGUGAGCAACGGGCUGAUCAACCAGAACAUGUCAGCAGCUUACGGGAUGGUGAUUGUUACUGCUGGCCUCAGAGGGGAGAUCCGAACUUACCAGAACUUCGGCUUGCCCGUUCGAAUCUGA